UGCGGUUAUGCUAAUGUUGUUGAUAUUCUGAGGCUUGGAGAGUUGAAUGUCUUUUCUCUUCCUCUCGCUCUCCCCGUGUGGCGGCCCCCUUCUCACGGCGUGAGGGGCCCAACUUUCUUCCCCCUCCGCCCUGGCCCGGCCCCUCAGGAAGGGGAGGCGGGCAGAGUCCCGGGGGAGGGAGGCGGGAGGCGGGCGAGGGAAGGCGAGCAGGCGCCCGCCGCCGCCGCUGCUGCUGCUGCCCAUGAGGGCCUGAUGGAAAACACAAAGGACCUGACUGAACAUCCUUCACGGCCAGAAAGGAAGAGACGCGAUUCAUUCGGGAUGUUUGAUGGUUAUGAUAGCUGUAGUGAGGAUACCAGUAGUAGCUCCAGUACUGACGAGAGUGAAGAGGAAGUAACUCCUUUGCCCUCAAGUCUCCCAAUUAUCAAAAACAAUGGACAGGUCUACACGUAUCCAGAUGGCAAGUCUGGCAUGGCUACCUGUGAAAUGUGUGGAAUGGUCGGUGUCAGAGAUGCCUUUUACUCUAAAACCAAGCGUUUCUGCAGUGUUUCCUGCUCAAGAAGUUACUCAUCGAACUCUAAGAAGGCCAGCAUUCUGGCCAGACUUCAGGUAACGGGAAAACCUCCAACUAAGAAGGCUAAAGUGCUUCAGAAACAACCUUUAGUUGCUAAAUUAGCUGCAUAUGCCCAGUAUCAAGCAACGGUACAGAACCAGUCAAAGACUAAAACAGCACCUGUUCCAGUGGAUGGCUUCAGUUGGGGAAACUACAUCAAUAGCAAUAGUUUCACAGCAGCUCCUGUUAACUGUUUUAAACAUGCACCUAUGGGGACUUGCUGGGGCGACAUCUCAGAAGGUGUACGGAUAGAAGUCCUUAACACAGACUGCAGCCUACCUACCAAAGUCUUCUGGAUUGCGGGGAUUGUGAAAUUAGCAGGUUACAAUGCUUUAUUGAGAUAUGAAGGCUUUGAAAGUGACUCAAACCUUGACUUCUGGUAUAAUGUCUGUGGUGCUGAUGUCCAUCCAGUUGGCUGGUGUGCAACCAGUGGGAAACCUCUAGUGCCACCUCGAUCUAUUCAACACAAAUAUACAAACUGGAAAGCUUUCCUGGUGAAACGACUAACUGGUGCCAAAACUCUUCCUCCUGACUUUACUCAGAAGGUGUCAGAAAGCAUGCAGUAUCCCUUCAAGCCUUCUAUGAGAGUAGAGGUGGUUGAUAAAACACAUCUCUGUCGAACGCGGGUAGCAAUUGUAGACAACGUAAUUGGAGGAAGAUUAAGAUUAGUAUAUGAAGACAGUGAGGACAAAACAGAUGAUUUCUGGUGCCAUAUGUACAGCCCACUUAUCCAUCCUAUUGGCUGGUCUCGAAGUAUAGGACAUCGGUUCAAAAGAACUGAUAUUAUAAAGAAACAGGAAUCCCACUUGGAUGCACCUCCACAUUUAUUUAUCAAGGUAAAAGAAACUGAGUCAAGUGGAGAAUGGUUCAAGGAGGGAAUGAAAUUGGAAGCCAUAGAUCCAUUAAACCUUUCUGCAAUAUGUGUGGCCACAAUUAGAAAGGUGUUAGCCGAUGGCUAUCUCAUGAUUGGAAUUGAUGGUUCUGAGGCAGCAGAUGGAUCUGACUGGUUUUGCUUUCAUGCCUCCUCCCCCUCUAUAUUCCCUGUUGGUUUCUGUGAAAUUAACAUGAUAGAAUUAACUCCACCCCGAGGUUAUGCAAAACUACCUUUCAAAUGGUUUGACUACCUCAGGGAAACGGGUUCAAUAGCAGCUCCUGUGAAGCUCUUUAACAAGGACGUUCCAAACCAUGGAUUUCAUGUUGCCAUGAAACUGGAAGCUGUGGAUCUCAUGGAACCUCGUCUAGUAUGUGUGGCCACUGUAACUCGCAUUAUCCACCGUCUGUUGAGGAUACAUUUUGAUGGCUGGGAAGAUGAAUAUGAUCAGUGGGUGGAUUGUGAAUCUCCUGAUCUCUAUCCUGUAGGGUGGUGUCAACUAACUGGUUACCAACUACAGCCUCCUGCCUCACAAACAUCAAGGGAUAGCCAAUCAGGUUCAUCAAAGCAGAAGAAAAAAUCUAAAUCACAACAGUAUAAAGGACACAAGAAAAAGAGGAAGAUACCAGUUGGGAAGAAGCCUGUCAGUUUGUCCAGCGUCCCCAUGACAGGUGCGGUACGGAGGAGCUUCUCUGGUGAUGAAGAGUUGACUCCUCCUCAGUAUCGAACCCUUCCAGCACAGCCAGCCCCGGAGGCCUGCCAGCCUCCCAGGACUAGCAGAGAGUUCAGUCCCAACCUCAAAACAGUGUCUUCACUGCAGCUGAAGGAGGAGUUGCUAGAUGGAGAGGAGUACACGUUCCUCCAAGGAGCAUCUGAUCAGGAAAGCAAUGGGUCGGCCAGCCACUACAUCAAGCAAGAGCCCUAAAUGCAAAUCUGGGCAGAAUGGUACAAAAAGGAGUCUGAUUGAACUUCCCAUUCUGAUGAUAACAAUUCAAUGGCUUCUACUUAAGGGCACUUUGCUAAUUGCAGAAAAGAUUUCAAUUAAGGAUUUUUGGAGGAUGAGGAAACUAUUUUAAUGGGGAAAAGAAGAUUUUUCAAUUUAUUAAAGUUAACACUUUUGUGUUGUAUUUGAAGCUUUUCAAAGAAUUUUUGUAAUAUUUUCAAGUUCAGAUUUAUUGUGCAUUGUUUAAAAAUGAAAUUCUAAUUUUUGGUAAAAAAAAUUGAAAGCUUAAUUAUAGCAGGAUUGCAGGAAACCAUUUGAAGAAGGUGAGGUGGUAUGGUAGAAAACACAAAAGAACUGUUUGCAAACAAGUGAACCUUCUGGUACAAGCUGGAAGAUUCUGGAUUUUGAAGCUACACUAAUCGCACCCUGUCUUUUCCGGAGUUACAUCACAAGACUCAAAUUUUAGAGUGGUGAAUACAUAUCAAAAUAAAUUGAAAGAUAGAAUCUGAGAAGAAUAUCUCCAGGAAGUGGCAACAUAACUGAUGGGAGAAUGCUUAAGGUUCUGGAUAAUUCAGCUUUGUUCCCAUCCUUCUCGAGGUCAUCCCCUCAUGGACUGGAAACACAAUAGUUCUGUGUUCUUGAGAUACCUGUGCAAAAGAUCAGCAAAGAUUCAACUAGAGUUGUUAUCAGAUGACAUGAUUUUGGGACUUUUUGUCUUGUUCAAGAAAAGGAGACAGACUCAAAUGGCCCUUUUAAAAACUAAAAUGUUAGCGGACUUUACUUUCUGUCUGGUUGAAGAUGUUGCUACUGAAGAGGUAAUGGCAGAGGAGAAAGACAGAAGUCUGCUUGGGACAUAGCAUUCUUCCCUCACCCUGUUGGAGAUCUCAUCUUGUUAUGAAUUGAGCUAACUUGCCUGAAGAUGGCUUGGGAUGUGCUUUCAGCAUUAUAUUUUCUGUGAUUUGGCUGCUGGUGUUGUUGCCAAGCAAAAUGUUUUCAAAAGUUUGUAGUAACUGCUGAGACGAUGAUACUAAAUGACCUAGGAUUUUUCCAAGAGAGUUAACUCUCUGUGGCUAUUAACUGAUGGCUUCAUUCACAGAAUUUAACAUGCUGACAUUUCCACUCUGCAGUGUUGUGACAGGAUGAUGUGUGUCAAAGAAUUUUGCUUUUACCAGUAAGGUUCAUUAACUAAACUCUCAGGAAUUAACUUCUUAUGUUCUGUAACUGCUUCUGGGUCGUAGUAAGUUCUCCUUAGAGCAGUGUCAUUCAAAUGCUUGACUCUUUAAGGUAGAAGUUAGAAGAAAUUGAUCCUGUAGAUUAAUCUCUACACCCUUUAAGGCUAGGGCACUCUGACUAGCAACUUACAAAGCUCCAGAAACAAUUUUUGGCAUAUAAAGGUUUUGAAUUUUAAAAAGUGCAUAGAAAGUUUGAAAACCAGCAAUUUUGAUUCUUUUCUUAGUUAUCUUGCUCUAUUGUUGGGUAUAUACCAUUGGUGAUAUGCAAAGGUUUACCACAUUCUAUGCAAGAGGGGAUAAUGGUGUAAAAUUUUGUAGUAACUACUGGAAGUACAUUUUUUUCUGUAUAGUAUAGGAAUGUAUGAACUGUUUCUAGCCAUUUUUCAUAUAGCUGGGCCAUUUUUGACAACUGCUUCAUGUAUACAUAUUUUAAAAAACUGAGUAUCAGGUGUCAAAUACUUGUCAAUUUAGGCGACUAUUACACUUGUUUCUUAAAAGAUUGUGUUUGUGAUUCAGACGAGUGAGGAGAGGUCUGGUCUUGGCUAGGCUACCCUUUUCUCUUGGGUAGAAUGCCCUUUUCCUUCUACCAAUGCUGCAUUGCAGCUAUUUUAAAAAAAAACCUUUUUAGUUUGAAAAGCAGCUCAUAAUGUCACAAAGAGGGCUGCUCUUGAAGGAGUGCAGAAGGCGCACAUGCAGUAUACACUAAUUACAACCAAUGUUUUCAAAAAGUGUAGUCAAGGUUACCUUAAGAUCUCUUCCAUUGGACUGCCUAUCUUCUUUCUUCUGUAACAUUUUGACUUGGGGACAAUAUUUCUUGUAAGGCAGUGCUUCCCAAAACAAGGAUGACCCUUACACAAUGCCACCAUGUUUAGGGUUAGAGUGACCCAAAAGGCAAACUGAUUUUAGAAAGGGUUCUAAUUGAAACAUGCAGUUCAUUAAGAUGAGAGUAUGUUAACCUUGUCUACACAUACUAAAGAUGGUAAACUCUGUGAGGCUGUAGUGCUCAAGAGCCGGGACAUGCUACUUCUGUUUGUUACUGAGUUUAUCUUCAAACGACUUAUUUAGCAAUUGCACAAGUAUUUCUUCUGAUUUCAGUGGGGACCACCUGCAUAGCUAAUUCUUUGCAAUGUGAAAAAGAGAAAGAGCGUUACUAGUGUCCCCUUUCAUGAAAAGUAAGCCAGCAUGAAAGCUUGGACCUAGGUCGAGCGCUUUAUUCAUCAUAAAAUUCAAACUUGAGCUAGAACCAUCACAGCACACCUUUUAGGUUGAGUUGGCCCCUUUUUUCCUGACAGAAUAUUGCACCUUCAACACUUGCCUGAUGGGCAGAAAUUAAUAAGGUUCGUCUUUUCUCUUCACUGCACAUUUUAUGCCAAGAAAACUUUACCUAUUAAAUUUCUGCCAGUUGUGUGACUGUCAAAAGGCACGGGGCCUUUAUUGACAUCAAAUGUGGCAAUGCUCCUUCUACCUCUGUUGAACAUGGCAGCUCCUGGAAAAUAUAUAGCCACACUUAAUCUGUGCCACAUUCAUCCAGAACGUAAACCUCAGCCAGUCUCAAAGUAUCCUGCCAGACCGAAUAGACUUGGACUCAUGCUGCAGCAUGACCAUCUUAAUUUGUGUUAAAUUGCUAGUCCUCAGGUUUUUGAAGGUAGGUUUGCAUAUUUAUGUCAAGUUUGCAGCACUGCCAAUCUUUAUAGCUUUGUUCAUUUCCGCUCUGGGGCAGGAUAAUACAUCCUGAUAUAAGGGUGUGCGUAUGACAGAAAUUUGAAGUAUGGAAACUCACUUCUGUUCGUAAAGCGGCUUGUAAUGUAAAUGCCAUGAAGCUUUCUCAAAUGAGCCCUUGUUCUAAUUUAGUUGCCUGUCCUUUUUGUUAAUUCAGUGUUGAGACUAAGCAAUGCUUUUUUGUGGCCUCUUUAACACAGCAGAUGUGGUGGUGGUGGGCUUUCUUAGUACUGGAUCAGUUGCUUUGGUAUGCAUGCAUUUAAUUUUAAGAACAGUCUCUUUAUUUUACUGUGAACACAUUACACAGGUCAGGAGGAUAUUAGGAUAGGGAGUUGGCCAGGCGGUUGAAGCCUGUACUGAUGCUAAGGGCCAGCUAACAAGCUCAGUAUUUGGCACAAGGUGGGAUUUUGAAAAAAAAUAAGGCACCACACACAAGGCGAGUUACAUUGUAAGUGCUCCUUCCUUCUACAGCUCAAAUUUUUAUGGCUGACAUUUAUCCAUGUUUUGCAUUUUCUUGCUGAAUCUGAGGAAAGCAAGAGCAGUUAUCAAGUUCUUGUUCUAUUGAUGCUAACACGGGUUUCAGUGUUUGUUUGUUUUUAUUGUUGUCAUUUUUAUGUGAUGUGAACACCUUCUCCCAUCAAUAUUUGUAUUAUUGGUGCUAAUAUAUUUGGAAACAAUCCUUUAUUGGAAAGGGAUUAAAACUGUGAUUAAAUUGAUUUGUUCUUUUUAAUUUUCAUAUUUAAGUAAGGUCUCAGCCAUUUAUAAAAAAAAGAAAAAAGCAUCAACUUCUGCUUGGGAAAACUCUUUCAGGGCAGAAGUUUUUAAAAAAAUGAUUAGGGUUUUUACAUCAUUUCUGUAUGUAUUUGAUAUAUAGAUCAAUAUCUGUAUAAAUUUAAUCUUUUAUUUUCCUGGUAAUGUGUGGUCAAAUGGGAGCAUUUUAAAGCCUCUAAUGAAAUGUAAAUAACUCAGUGAAAAAUGCUUUUGAAAAAAAAUUAAUGUUACUUUCAUUUUUACCAGACUGCAGAUUUUCAAGCAUGGAUGUGGGGAAAACAUUAAAGAUAUAACUUUGUGUACAAGAUGAAAAUAAUUCACUAAAUUUGCCUUUUUUACACAGAAUAAAAUGUUAAAAGUAAAA